AUGAGCGAUCCAAUGGGUGAAAGUGAAACAGUAUUUUUUGGAGAAUCGACGACGGAGAUCGUGUUCUCGGAGACGGAGAUGGCCGCGGCGGAACAGCUUAUGCAGCUGAGCGAAGAAGACACGGUGAGCUGUAGCAGCAGCACCGGCGGCGGAAGAGGAGAAGGAAGCAAGAGAAGGCAUGAAGAUGUUGUUAGCUCCAGAAUCGGAAGCGACCAAAACGACGGCGGCAACGAAGGAGAUUGA